UCGAUUUUAGUUCCGACAAUUACUGAAUGGGUCAGCUCACCCAGUGGCUUCGUUUGCUGAUGGAAAGGCUACUGAAUUAUCUGUAAAAUAUUUUUGUGGUUUAUAUUACUUUCUAGAAAUCAUCGCGUUCCAUGAGUAAUAAAGGAGCUCUGAGAUUCUGGCCUGCAAAGAGGAAGUCGGCUUUAGAUGCGCGUACGGGUGUGGUAGUAUUCUUGGCGAUCUUAAGUACAAUACUUUUUCUAAAAGUCCAUACGGACACCUUUUCUAUUCACAAUCGAAUAAUACGCCUUAUCGGGGUUCGUGCACGAGAUGCGACGGUAUCCGCUCCAAAUAACAAAGAGCAACAUAAAAAAGCAUGCCAGAUGGAUUCUCGUUACCUCCAGUCUGAAACCGCUAUCCAACCUGAUUACUACAAUUUGCGCAACUGGACGCUAGGGAACGUUCGAAAAUGUCUUGCCAAUACCACGAUUUACUUUUUGGGCGAUUCACAGCAGCGGAACUUAUUUUCUACUAUGUAUGUACACUUUACAAAUCAGUCGACAUUUUUGCGGAAGCCAACUCCUGACAGAUAUGGCGACGAUGCUUCGGCAUUUCUCAUGAUUCGAAAUAUAACGAAAAUACUCAACGAGGACAGCAUUGCCGCGCUUCAACGGAUUGAGCAAGAAGCGUUAGCGAAUCCAAAAAAACGUAUUGUGGUCAUCCAGGGAUACACGAUGUGGUAUUCUUACUGGAAUCGGAAUAAUUCUGUCUCGCAGUUUGUGAAGGAUCUCCAUGCUGGACUACCACACAUCAAACGAAUCGCUUCUUUGGUUUGUUAUGCCUGGAUGCCUCAGCCUCCUUUAAAUACCGACAAAGAUUUAAAGUGGGUAACCGCACUACUGGACCACCAAAUGCAGCAGAUCAACCAGAUUGCGCAAAAAAGUCUGGAAGAGACCAGUGCGGUAUACUGGAGUAAAUCUAUGGACGUGGCUGCAUCCGAUCUGAAGAAUUACUACGACUUCGCACAUCCUGAUUUGGAAAUUCUGCUGCGGGACUGGCAUGACCUCCUGCUUUCUUUCGGAUGCCGGUUUGGAUAGCACACUCAAUGCUGAAAUUCUUCUGGUGAACUUUGCUGAUAAAACGUCGAUUACACUGCCAAAACUCACGUUUUAACAUUGUUAAUGCUGUUGUUCCAUUGCUUUUAUUGUGUUCGUGCACGUGGGCACUAGGAGAGGGUAAUUAAAGAGAAAUCAGUUA